AUGUUGAUUAUCAUUAUAGUAAGUCACGUUGGUGUCGUUGUUUCUGGAAUUGCUAUUAUCAUUGUCGCUGUUACUGGUGAUUCUGUUCUUGAAAUUUCAUCAUCUUACUGGCCGUUACUAUUCCUAGAGCUGUCAAUUCAAGUAAUUGUUGUCAUUUUUGGUGUUUUUGUUACUGGAGUUAUCUUUCAUAUUUUUGAUUUCAUGGCUUCGGUAUUGUUAGCUCUAGGUGGUUUUCCAUAUUGUCGUUG